GAGCUAGAAGGGCCUGAGGACAUAUAAUAGAACAUCAGGGCUGGGAGGAACCUUAGAACACCAACUAUCAGAUCUGGAGGGCCCUUAGGAUGUGGACGGUCAGAGCCAGAAUAGUCCCAACUACUUAGGAUAAACUGUCCCAGUUUCUCCAACUGAUUCUCCUGGAGGCUUGAUGAAGAAGCUCUUCACUAUCCUGACUGCCUUUCUCUAGGGACUCUGCAGCCAGAAACAAGGAAUAAGUGACCUUUGGAGAUGAAAGGGCAGAUUCGAGACGUGUUUAACAGGGAGUGGAUAUCCAAGGGAGAUUAUGUCACAGAAUUCGAUGGCCGAGGAUGAGAUGGCAGAUGUCAUUGUCACUGAGCUUCAGUCAUGGAAGAAGACUUCUCAUCGGCCUCGACGUCUUGAUAAAUACAGGUUGGAAGAGCUGGCCAAGCCCAAGGUCAACCAUCAGAUCAUAGUAGACAGGCCUUCAGUAUACUGGACAGAUAAGAUACCAGAAGACACGACUCUCAGUGUGACUUGUCCUAUUGUGACGCCAAGACUAGAAGAACUCUCUAGACCCAAACGAUUCUAUUCAACCUACUACAAUGAAUGCAGGUCUACACCUAUUUGGCCCAUUUCACGGGCAUCACUCGAGGCCAAGGCUACAUCUCGUCUGAAGGUACUUGCACAUCCAAAGUUGAGGAGCAACAUCUGGGUUGUUGACCCUACCAAGAUACAGGUGUCGAAGGCAGCACGAAUGGCUGAACCUAGACCUCGUACCUUGGAGCUGGCAGCCCCCAAGACCAAAAGCGUGACAUCUUCUGAAUUGUUCUUCAUAAACAAGCCUAAGCAACACCCUCCAGACCUUACCCGGAUCUACCACUUAGCUAUGCCCAAGGUUACUUCAAAUAACUAUGUCUAUGACAAGCCCCCCUCCUGGAUCAUCUCACAAGAGACCAAAAAUGCUGUCCCCACCAGCCGGAUCCUCUACUUAGCCAAGCCCAGAGAACGGAUAGAUUGUAACGAGGGCCAUGAUCCCUACUGUAUCUCAAUGGCUGCAAUGAAGGCAGAGCCAUCUCCCCGAAUCUAUGAGCUUGCUGUCCCUAAAAGGGUAACCAGAAAAUUCUGAGUGCCUCAUAUUUCAUCCCUCUCAUAUUCCUUGGUAGUAGCAAUCCAACCUCUCCUUCCAUGUAAAUAAAUAACUCCAAUAGGUCUUCCCUGGGCAAUCUAUUUUGAAUGAGGAGGGGCCAAUAGGAGGGGAAUGGAACCUAAUAGUAACAAUAUGAAUAAUUAUAAUUGUUGUAUAAUUUGUA